AUGGAACGCCGCGGCAAGAGACCUUGGUUGUGUACAGAGACACAAGGACAAGAUGGAGUCAGGUCAUGCUUAAUAGAGCUGGGAGGGAAGCUUCAGAAAAUGUGCGAAGAGAUGGAGAGUGUGGAGUUGUCAGCACAGGAGAUGAGAAUAAUUCAGUUUUCCCCUGUAACUUAUGAAGAGGAUGAGGAUGAAGAUGAUGAUGACGAUGAUACUGAUGACGAUGAUGAUUAUGAUGAUGAUGAUGAUGAUGAUGAUGAUGAUGAUGAUGAUGAGGAGGAGGAAGAAGCGGAAGAGGAAGGUUCAGUGUUCCUCAGUGCCUCUCCUGCAUUUCACAAUGAAGGGAGACAGGAUCUCGGCUGA